ACAAUUUUGAUGUAUGCAAACCUAUACCUACCGACAAAGAUUUUAGACUAUAAUCGGUUAGCACUCUGUGUAUGGAAUUUAAUGCGUGUACAGGAAUAUUACAGAUAAUUUUCUAGAAGGAGAUAAACAUCUAAACUGGGCAUAAUGACGUCACCCAUGAGUCCAGAAUUACUCGGUGCUUCAUUGAAAGGAAAAGUUGCCGUCAUAACGGGAGCAAGCUCGGGUAUAGGAGCUGAAAUUGCCCGACAUUUCGCUUCGCUGGGAUGUCAACUGGCCCUGACAGGACGUAACAUGGAAACACUUCAACAAGUCACCAAUGAAUGUUUAGCCAGAGGGCUUGGCAGCGAUCAGGUUUUACAAAUUCAAGCCGACUAUGGGGAAAGAGACGCCGUAAAGAAAACCGUUGAACAAACCAUCUUGCGAUUCAACCAGGUUGAUAUUUUGGUGAAUAAUGCUGGAGUUUAUGCACCGAACACCGUAGAAAGCAUGACCUUGGAUGAUUUUGAUCUCACCUUCAGAGUGAAUGUUAGAGCACCACUUGAACUCACCCAACUCCUUACACCAUAUCUCAUCAAAUCAAAAGGAAAUGUUGUGAACAUAUCCAGUGUCAUGGGAAGGCGAUCAAUAGUCAACUCAUUGAUUUAUGGGAUGUCAAAAACUGCCUUAGAUCACAUGACAAGGUGUACAGCUGAAGAAUUGGCACCUCAUGGAGUUCGAGUCAACGCAGUAAACCCUGGUGUUAUUGAGACUCCGUUGUUCAAGCGAGAAUUGGGAAUUACAGAUGAACAAGUAACACAGUUCUUUGAGAGUUAUAGCCGCUCUCACCCGAUGCGGAGAACCGGUAAUCCAGAUGAAGUAGCUCGUUUCAUCGCAUUUCUGGCAUCUUCGGACUCAUCUUUUACCACUGGAGAAACGAUCGGUAUUGAUGGAGGGCAUCACCUCAUGGUCUCAGAUAUCGAGAAAUAGAUAUCUCAAGAAUAAUAUGACCACGUACCCAAUCAAGCUUGAUUUGUACGUUUGUUACAUUGGGAAAGCAUCCUUCUGCUUUACACAAAAACCCCAUAACAUUAAUGUUAUAAAAUGUGUACUCGUUGAUAUUAUGUAGACCUAUGUCAUAUUUCGAAAAAAGUUGGAAAGUGGUAAACUCCCGGGGGUAAACUUAUCAUUGCAGAAAAUCGAGCUUAAAUUGUCUGUUACAUUUAUAAAUUCUAGUAUUUUUGCUAGGUUGACAGAGAGAGUUAUGGCAGAGUAUAAGGAUUUAGAAAGGAAUUAUUAUUAAAAAAAAUGAUAAAAAAUAAAAAAACGUAUAAACUUCCAUCUAAUGUAAAAAUAAAAAUACAAAGGCACAACUACAUACAAAAGAGAAAAAUAUUAUUUUCGGAAUUUAUAGAUAGUUAUCAUAUUCAUUACUUAGCUGCAAAGCCAUUUUUAUGUUAUAUUCUCUUAGACUAGUUAUACUGUUUUCAAAUUCUUUGAACUUAAUUAUAUUCCUUUUGUGACUCUUAGUAUGCUUUUGCUCAAUUGUAAUUAAUUUUUGUAAAUAUUCUAUCAUUGUAUGUAUAUCUUUCGAAUGUAUAAGGGUUAUGUAUAUGUUUUUCACUGAAUCGUCAAUAACGACUAUAAAUUAAAAUUAAAAAGUGAUUAGAAUAUGGAUUAUAUGAAUAUUAACAGCUGCUUGAAAAUGCAAGUUUGCGAUGCAGCAAGUUGUCUUGCUACAACAUUCUGACUUUUAUUAAAGGUUUCGAAACAGGGCUAUUCGAAGUUGAAAGCUUGGUCAUUUUUAUACGAAGCGAUCCCGAUCCAUAUAAUUUAUUUGACACUGACGUUAUUGAAUUUUAAAGUUUAUCAAUAUUUUGUGAAAACAGUUAUAUGCACAUCGUCAUGAAUAUUCAUUAGGUUG